GCCCUGUGUCCACACUGCCAUAUAUCCCAGUUCAAAGCAGAUCAUGUGGAAGGGGCUUGACACAGGCAUACUCAAACUCCAGCCGUCCACCAGUUUGGGCCUCCAACUCCCAGAAUUCCUGACCAUUGAAGAAUCUGGCAAGGGCUGCUGGGAGUUGGAGGCCCAAGGCCCAGGGCCUACUUUGGCGCCUUUUUUUCUUAUUCCCUGUCAGGAGGCCUUUGGCGUUUCCCUUAGUCUCAGGGGCCGCUUGCUGAUUGGUUGGAGGGCGGGGAGGGGGCGGGGCUCCGUUCCUUGCCCCGCUUUGGCCUCCGGCGAAGGAAGGGAGGGAAACCAUGGCGCCCAGCGAGGAGGACGGGAACGGCUCGGCGGAGGAGAAAGAGAACAGCAAGAAGGCGGUGCGGCGGGGAGGCGCCAUCACGACGGCUUGGCUGAUUUUCUAUAACAUCACGAUGACGGCCGGGUGGCUGGUGUUGGCUAUUGCCAUGGCACGGUUUUACCUGGAAAAAGGCACAUACAAAGGCUUAUAUAAAAGCAUUCAAAAGACACUUAAAUUUUUCCAGACUUUUGCUUUACUUGAGAUAAUCCACUGUGCAGUUGGAGUAGUGCACACAUCGGUGCUUGUGACUGGGGUCCAAGUGUGUUCCAGGAUCUUCAUGGUGUGGUUUAUUACACAUAGUAUUAAGCAGAUCCAGAAUGAGGACAGCGUUAUUAUUUUUCUGGUCGUAUGGACUGUGACAGAGAUUACUCGAUAUUCCUUCUACACAUUCAAUAUGCUUAACCACUUACCAUACUUCAUAAAAUGGGCCAGGUACAAUUUUUUCAUCAUCUUAUAUCCAGUAGGAGUUGUUGGUGAGCUUCUAACUAUUUAUGCUGCCUUACCCUAUGUGAAGAAAUCGGGCAUUUUUUCAGUGAGACUUCCCAACAAAUAUAAUGUCUCUUUUGACUAUUACUACUUCCUUCUCAUCAUCAUGGCCUCCUAUAUACCAUUGUUUCCACAACUGUACUUUCACAUGCUCCGUCAAAGAAGAAAAGUACUUCACGGUGAAGUGAUUGUAGAAAAGGACGAUUAAAACAACCCUUGCUAUCCAUGGUGCUUUUCAAAGUAACAAACCAAAUCUGUAACAAGUUGCACAAGUCCAGAUUUGACGUAUUGGAGCAAGAAUAACCAGUCCAUGCAACCAACAAAGGUCCUUAAUUUUGCAAUACCAAUAUUGCAAAUAAUACAAAUGCUAAUGUUUUCUGAUUCAACUUUUCAACUUUACAUUUGUCUUUUGUGUUUCUCCCCUGUUCUUUUAAAUAAAUUAUUUGGUUCCAAAUACACAUAGACAGACACAUGAAAAGAAAUGUUUGGUCAUUGCACAUCCUAGAACACUUUUGUCAGAACUUGUAUGGGGAGUCAAACUAAAUUGGGAAGCUAUUCUGAAAAUGGUCAUUCAUUGAUUUUUCAUCAUGAUUCUUGUCUGAGCUGUGUCUGGGGGAGAGGUACGCAAGUCACUUCUGUACUUGACCAUAGCUGGGUAUCUUUGUUUCUACAGGAGCCUCUCGAUUCUUUAACAGAUUUUGUUAUAGAAAGCUCCCAAACAUUCGAAUGGCAUUUCAGGGGCAAGAAAGAAAGGUUGGUGAUGGUAAAAAAAAAUCUGGUGCAUAUGAAACAUCUUAAAUACCACAUUGGAUCCUGACCUGUAUUUUUACUUUAAAAUUUGGGCUGUGGUUUACAGUAUUUUUUCUCUCUGUUCGUAGUAUUUAAUGGGACUUCAUAAACCAUGUCUUCAUCUUUGUAUUUUUUUAAAACCACACACUUACAUUAAUUGCGAUAAUUUCACUGAUUGCAUAUAAUUUGGAUGGUUUUUAAAAGCGUCUCCUUGAAAAUAACAAACUGUGCUCUUUGUAAAUUGGGGUGACACAAUGCUAUUUCGGUCCUAAAUGCCUGAGCGACCUAAGAACCUUUUCUAGAAGGAAAGGAAUGAGUUCAUGGAUGUGAGCAUCAUAUUCUUGAAUCACAGAAUAAUGUUUUAAAAGUUCAUUGGUCCAAAUAAUUAAUUCUAUCCUCUUUUUAAGACAGCAGGUGCAACUUUGCGUAUGGGUAGAAGAGUUUAUAGGGGGGAAAUGGUUUGUUAUUGCAUAGACAAAAGACAAUAUGUGAUGUAAACAUUUUGGGUUACUUCAUUAUGGAGUGGCUAUUUAAUUAUUGACCCUUAUAUAUGUCCGUCCUGUUAAAAUCUUUUCAGAUAGGUUCCCAGAAACUAAUUUGGCUUCAAGUGGGCUUUGGAUUUUUCAAAAAAGAGCUUCCUUUUUGACAUAGUUUUGAUACUAGUCCUGCCCAUGUUCCACAUGAUACUGUAGACCCAUUGAUGACUGUCCUCCAUGAAUUCACUUUUUAAAGGCAUAUACUGUGUCAUUAUGCCUUAAUAUAAAACUAUGAUCAGUAGAACCUGUGUAAAACGAAAGGGAAAUAUGCCAUAUAUAUGGGGAGUGGGUGGGCUUGAGCAUCUCUUUCCACCAUCUUCAAUCUCCCAUUCAUCUUAAAAUAUGUGUCCAGAGACUCAGGAGAAAACAUCUAAACUGGGAGAGCUGCUAUUUGGAGAGAGAGCUUGUCAUGAUGUGAAGCACCUUCUGCUUGUGCAAUGGCACUUUUAAAUCCAGUGGUCUGAGGAUUUGACUUGUUGUGGAAAAUUUUCUUCAAAUUACUCAACUUUAUGUACACAAGCAGUAUAUAUGGGAUUUUAGCUAAAUGUAUGUGGAAGAUACAUUUUUAUUUUAUUUUCUUCCUAAAAGCAAUUGUUAGAUUUUUUUCUACAAUACAAUGAUCAAAGGUGCUCUAACAGUUUACUUCAUAAUAUAUAUAGUUUAAAAAUAUAGUUAAUAUACAAACUCGACCAUGCUUAGUUUAAAGCAAUGGUUCUCAACCUGUAGAUCUCCAGGUGUUAUGGCCUACAACUCCCAGAAAUCCCAGCCAGUUUACCAGUGGUUAGGCUUUCUGGGAGCUGAAAGCAAAAACAUCCGGGGACCUACAAGUUGAGAACCACUGGUUUAAAGGAUUUUUUUUUGCAACAUCAGUUUGCAGUCAUUGUUUAAACUUGACUUUUCUUUGAAGAGUUCCAAUUACUCAUUAUAAAAUAUCCAGGCAGCUCUUUGGUGUAUGUUUCUGAAUUAGCACAGGGAAGAACUAUAUUGGAGAAUUUGCUUUUUUAUGGUUAAUAUAGUUUUCUUCUAGCCUUUCAACAUGAUUAUAUUCUAUGCCUCAUCCUGUAAGUCUUGUAGAUCUAAUUUGGGUCUGUUUGCGACUGUUCUUUGAAUUCAGAUAUUUGAUUCUCAUGUGUGCUAUUGUUAAAUCUGAGGAUGUUGUCUGGUAAACAAGUAAAUAUUGUAGGUAUUUUUUUACCAUUUUGUACAUCCAAUAUUAAACAAUACAAUUUCUUGCA